CAGUUGCGAGCUGACGCCGGAGGGAGGAAGAGCGAAGCGAGAGGGCGGCAGCGCGAAGCGAGAGGGCGGCAGCGGCGAGGUGAAGGCAGCGGCCCGGCCCGGCGAUGCCGCGGGGGAGAGUCGCGCCGCAGCGAGGCGCUUCGAGGGCGGCGAUGCCGGUGGCGAAGAAGCGCGGCAGGUUGUCGCUGUCGGAUCUCAUCCUCCGCGCCGUUUGCCUCUCGACGGCUCGCAAAGGCGCUUCGUUAGCUCUCAUUAAGAAGACGCUCGCCGCCGGAGGUUACGACGUGGUGAAGAACAGGGGGCGCUUGAAAGCGGCGGUCGGUGCUUUGGUCAGCAAAGAACUCCUGCAGCGGGUGACGGGCAGCGGCGUCGCCGGUUCGUUUCGCAUCGGCCGUGUCGGUAAGCAGCGACUGGAGGGAGCCGGGCGGCGCGGGAGGGCGGCCCGUGAAGUGCGUCAGCACCCCGCCGGGAAGAGAAAGGGGCCAAGGCGCGGUGUUAAAGCCACCGCGCAGCGGCUGAAGAAGCCGAGAAGGCGCCGGGGAAAAGCGGUGAAGGCGGCGGCCGUGGAGGAGGCGGCGGCUGGGGGCGCGGAGGAGGCCGGUGGUCCUACUGCGGUGGCGGCUAGGGGAGAGUUUUAGAAACGCGAUGAAAAUAGUAAUAAAGGUUGAACCCAAAGACUCUUUUAAGAGCCACCCCAGGGGGUUCAGCGGAGGAGCUGGUCACGGGGCGGGGGAGCCCCUUGCUGGUUCCUCCAAGGCGAAGCGAUGGUGAAAAAGCUGCGUGAGGGAAGGGCGAGGCGCGAAUAGGGGCGGUGCGGGGGCUGUGGCCGUUGCUUCGUGUCACUGAAAGAGCUGAUGGGUGGGGUGUGACUAAAAGAGCUGCAACGGGGGAACAGGGCGAGGCGGCACUAAAAGAGCUGCACCGAGGGCCGGCCGCUGCCCCGGGUCACUGGAAGAGCUGUAGGGAGGGGAGGGUGAGAUGGGACUAAAAGAGCUGCAACGGGUGGAAUGGCGAAGCGGCGCUGAAAGAGCUGUACUAAGGGGUGGCCGCUGUGCCCAAGUGUGAAUAAAAGUGCUGAACAGGUGGGGAGGGCGAGGUGUGACUAAAAGAGUUGCAAUGGUGGGACAGGGCGAAGCGGCACUAAAAGCUGUGCCGAGGGGUGAAUAAAAGGGCUGCACGGGAAGGCCGGAGCUGCGCUGCAAGAGCCGUACCGAGGGCUCGCCACCGUCUUGUGUGUCAAGAGCUGAUCCGAGGAAGAGCAGCAGCGAGGGAAGAGAAGCGCGAGGUGGAGGCGGCCGGGGCUGCAGCGAAGGGAAGCGGCGCUAAAAGAGCUGCACCGAGGGCCGGCCGCUGCCCUGGGUCCCUGGAAGAGCUGCAGGGAGGGGAGGGUGAGGUGUGACUAAAAGAGCUGCAA